AUGGCAUCAGCUGAGCGGGUCACUGCAGGCCAGGAGCCCAGGGCAGAAGGCCCCAGGCAGGAGCAGAGGAAGAAGAAAGGUCGACCCAAAGGGUUGGGGCUUGAGAUGGUGGAGAAGCACCCUCUGCAAAACAGAUGGGCCUUGUGGUUCUUCAAGAAUGACAAGAGUAAGACUUGGCAAGCCAACCUGCACCUCAUAACCAAGUUUGACACGGUGGAGGACUUCUGGGGCCUGUAUCACCAUAUUCAGCCGGCCAGCAAACUGACCCCUGGCUGUGACUACUGUCUAUUUAAGGAUGGCAUCGAGCCGAUGUGGGAAGACGAUCAGAACAAGAGAGGGGGUCGCUGGCUCGUCACCCUGGCCAAGCAGCAGCGUCACACGGACCUGGACCACUUCUGGCUCGAGACGCUGCUGUGCCUAAUCGGGGAGUCAUUUGAGCAGUUCAGCGGCGACGUCUGCGGGGCCGUCCUCAACGUCCGGGCCAAGGGGGACAAGAUCGCCGUCUGGACGUGCGAGGCGGACAACCGGGAUGGCGUCACCCACAUCGGGCGUGUAUACAAGGAGCGGCUGGGGCUGACUCAGAAAGUGACCAUUGGUUACCAGGCCCACACCGACACAGCCUCAAAAAGCCACAACCUGACCAAGAAUAAAUUUGUGGUGUGAGUGCGGCCAGGGCUGGGGUCUUUACCUAGAAGGUUGCCCUAUCCUCCAGCA